UGUCAAUGUUUGCCUGGCUAUACUCUGAAUAGUGAUAAUAGAGGAUGUACUGAUGUUAAUGAGUGUAUUACUGGAUCAAAUAACUGCAGUAAUGUCGCUACAUGUACUAAUCAAAUUGGUUCUUAUAGCUGCGCUUGUAAUUCGGGCUAUGUAAGCGAUAGCAUAAACUGUUAUGACGUAGAUGAGUGUCAAAAUAUGUCUAAUAAUUGUAGCCAAAUUUGUAAUAACACCGUCGGAAGUUAUACAUGUUCAUGUAUUCAAGGUUACGAGUUAGGUAGUGAUAAACUUACUUGCACUGAAUGUGAAGAUGUCGAUGAAUGCAGCCUCAAUCCUAGUCCAUGUAAUCAACUAUGUACAAACAACGAUGGUAGCUGUACAUGUAGUUGUAUGAACGGCUAUCGAUUUGGUUCAGAUGGUUGGACAUGUGACGAUAUUAAUGAAUGUUUAGAAAAUAAUACCUGUAGUCAAAAUGCAAACCGUACAAACGCACAUGGUUCAUAUUGUGUUAGCGCGUAA